CAGACGUUUGAUAUUCCCCGUUUUCGCAAUAUACAUCUGUAUCUGUCUCUGUAUAUUUUUACUUUCUCUCUCACUUUAUAUAUACGCAUAUAUUCUUCAUCUCCUUGUGUAUUUUCGCUUCGGCAUCCGUUGAUUAUUGCAAUCCGGAAGCAUGAUUAAUCUUUUCAAAGUGAAGCAGAAGCAGAGGGCUGAAAAUGCACAUGGGACAACAACAGGCAAGAAGCAAACUGCAGGUGAAUUACGCCUUCACAAAGAUAUUGGUGAACUGAACCUACCAAAAAGCUGUAACAUAUCAUUUCCCAAUGGCAAGGAUGAUCUGAUGAACUUUGAGGUUACCAUUCGACCUGAUGAAGGAUACUAUGCAGGUGGUACAUUCACAUUCUCCUUUCAAGUUCCACCCGUGUACCCUCAUGAGCCCCCGAAGGUCAAGUGCAAGACUAAGGUCUAUCAUCCUAACAUAGACUUGGAAGGCAAUGUCUGUCUAAACAUUCUACGAGAAGACUGGAAACCCGUUCUCAAUAUAAACACCAUAAUCUAUGGACUCUUUCAUCUCUACACGCAACCUAAUCAUGAAGACCCCCUUAAUCAUGAUGCUGCUGCUGUAUUGAGAGACAACCCGAAGUUGUUCGAGUCCAAUGUGAGAAGGGCGAUGGCGGGUGGUUAUGUGGGACAGACCCUCUUCCCGCGGUGCAUGUAGCUUCGCUGCUGCUGCGUGUGCAUCGAGGUUCAUUGCUUAAAGGUCCAAAAUCUGUAAUUGGAUUACUGCUUUUGCGCUCCUCCCCCCCCCCCUCCAUGUAUUGUUAGGGAAACUCAUCAAUCCUUGGAAAGCGUCAAGCGUUGUGUCCGUAUCUUGGUGUAACCUGUCAUAUGUUUGUCUCGUUCUCUCUCUCUCUCUUUAUUUUUUGGGUCUAAAUUGAAUAGUUAAAACAGCUGGGUGGAUUGUGGUCAUUCAAUCUUUCUUUGUUUCUAUGCAUUUAGAAUGGUUUGAGCUA